AUGCACCUCGUACUCGGUCUUAGCUCUUGCCUUCGCUGCUCGCGGAAGGAGAAGCGACCAGCACAACAAGAAGAAGACGAGGCGGCAGGCCUGCUUGAUCAGCCAGAGGGAAUUCGCAGCGAGGGAAGCGAGAGCCUGAGAAGAAUCACAGGAACACAAGAACAUCCGCCUCGCCCAAAACCCGGACUGCCUUUCCCAGCUCGAACUAACUGUGGCUAUCCUGGCUUUGGUCAUGGUGGUGCAUAUUUACGUUCAUGA